UUGAGGGGGCGGAUAGUUCUGAUUUUCUCUACAUCGUGCUUAGCCAAUAAUGUAGAGGGAACUGUUGUGCACAUCUCAGCUGGCAGACAUUUAAAAGGGAGACAGUCCGGCGCUGGAGCAAUUUGUAUUAAACCCCCUGGCCCCUGUCUAUGGAUCGCUCAGUCUCCCAAACAUCCACAUCCCCACCAGUGUACGGCCGACAGCAGUAGGUGCCUAUCACAUCGGAGGGUGCCGCGAGAGGACUGAAAGGAUCACAUCAUCGCACUUGUAGCAGUGGAGGCUCUCGCAGGAUGGCCAACUCAACGCAUAUCUUCUGCAGUAUGGUUUUCAUCAUGGGGUUGCUCUCCACGCCCGUGGAAUCCAAAAGAAACCGAGGUUCACAAGGCGCCAUUCCUCAUCCUGACAAAAGCAACCCAAACGAAUCGGAACAGCAACCGCAGCCUCCGCAGGCGGGCUCCGGGUCCCGGCAGAGGCAGGGCUCAUCCUCACCGGCCGACGAGGUGCUGGAGUCCAGCCAGGAAGCGUUACAUGUGACGGAGCGCCAGUAUUUGAAACGGGACUGGUGCAAGACGCAGCCCCUGAAGCAGACCAUCCACGAGGAGGGCUGCGUCAGCCGCACCAUCAUCAACCGCUUCUGCUACGGACAGUGCAACUCCUUCUACAUCCCCAGGCACAUCCGCAGGGAGGAGGGUGCCUUCCAGUCCUGCUCGUUUUGCAAGCCAAAACGUUUUACCACCAUGACUUUUACUUUGAACUGUCCGGACCAGCAGCCACCCACAAAGAAGAAACGCAUCCAGCGCGUCAAACAGUGCCGCUGUAUAUCCAUAGACCUGGACUAAAGACAUGGCUUGGGUGUUGGUGUGUGUGUGUGUGUGUGUGUGUGUGUGUGUGUGUGUGUGUGUGUGUGUGUGUGUGUGUGUGUGUGUGUGUGUGUGUGUGUGUGUGUGUGUGUGUGUUUCAUAUCCCCUCGCGGACAGGAUUGUUGGUAGAAAAAAAAGAUUGUCACAUAGCCAAGAACACGUGCCUGUCUCCACUUGGAGGAUGCAUUCACGAAAGCUUCGUACAUGUAGGCUGCAGUUUCUUCUUGCAUAACGCGUGAACACAUAUGGACAUGCAACUUAUAGACCAUCGAGUGUUUUACUCCUCACCAGUUUGAAAACAAGCAUCACUGCACGGGAACGCUGACUUGGAAUGGGCACGUUUUACGCACGGCUUCCUCCCCCCGAGAGGACUGCAUAACCCCGGGUUAUUUAAUAUAGAAAACGCUUGUUGUGACGGGAAAUGUACACUUUGUAUUUUAAUGUGCAUAUGUGUUUGCUUGACUGGACGUUUCCACUGUGUGGAAUUUGAUGUAUGAGGAUAUUUGUAAAUGGAAAUGUGAUUUUUUUCUUCGAUGUUACAAGAAUGUUUGAAGGUAAUUGAUUUCUAUGAAUUUCCAAGUAAAUUGGUGAUUUUUUUUUGUAAGUUGAGGGCCUACUUUUUUUUAGGGUUAAUUGGCUUCUUUGUUAGUUAAACCGGACGCUGUUCAGUGAUGGGUUAUCCAGUAUCGAGAUUAAAUAGUUGUCAAUGUAAAGGCAUCUUUGAUGUAACCGGUUUGUUUAUCCCUAUGAUUAAAUUAUCCAUGAAAAUAUAAAAUAAACGGAUGUUGGAA